AUGUUCUGGAGAUCCCUCCUACCGUUCCUAUGGAGCGACCGCCCGGGUCAAUCAGAGCUUGACUCGGCCUCAUCUGUCGGAGGCAAUGUGCCUUUACAAACACCAGGAGGGGGCUUCACUGUCUUCUCGGACCUGCCCGUCGAAAUACAGCUCAUGGUGUGGAAGCUAGCCGUCUCAAACGAAGCCAAACCGCGUCCCUACAAAUUCCAGGCGGUGAUUUCAAACGAAUGCAAACCAAUUCGCUACAAUUUCCAGGGAAUGAUUGAGUGGUAUCAGACAAAUGCAAACGAUGUGCCUCCGCGAUUCGAAUGGCAUCUCAAGCCAGACAAGACCAUGUCGCAGGCGACGCGCCAGAGUGGAUUGAUCUGCCUGGAUGAUCUCACGUUCUUGUUCGAAAGCACAACGCUGUUGGGAAGAACAAUAUACAGCAAGCGACCAUUUAUUCAGCCAGACGCUGAGGGUCGUCUUCCGCUACUCUCACAAUGGCGUCUUACGAUCCAAAACCUGUGCUUGUCUAAAGAAGUCUUAGACAGGACAGACAUUUUGGACCUUGGACGUUACGGCCGACACAUUAUCACUUCCAUCCCGAGCCUCGUCCGGCUCAUCGUCGAUGAUUCUGCGGAUGAGGCACAGUACAGGGCCUCAAAAGUUUCGCAGCAGCUGUGGGCAGAGAAUACGCCGCAAGAAAGCCACCGUGUGAUUAAGGCAGCGAAGCAAUUGAGAUUGAGCACCGAUCUUGAGAAAAUCUUUUUUGUUUUCCUUAAUAUGCACGAUUUCCUAACGGACGAUGGAGAGGGGGGGCAGGCCGAGACACUGCAGCUUGGGUUCAUGGCAAUCGACGCGUCUGCUCACCAGGAGGACCUGUGGGUCACUGACAUGGCUCUCAUUUACGAAGCUUUUCUGUGGGAAAUGGAUGGUCCCCGUCAUAUGAUCAGUUUCGGCUCAAUCCGCGAAGACUAA